CGCGGUCAGUGCCAGUGCACGUGGCCGGUACUAAAGCAACACCAUCGGACUGUGGGGCACGUGAACCAAUCAAGUGUUUUGACGUGUUACAGCGGUCAGGGAUGAAGGAACGUUGGUGCCUCUACGCUCAAGUCUUUCUUACCUGCACCAUUGCAUUCUGUUAUUGUGAUGCUGCGGAAAAAAGUACAGCCAAUGAAAGCAUACGUGUCACCGACGAAAAUGGACAAGAACUGCAAGUUAAUGUUGAAGACUCCGUGCUUGUGCUCGUCAACAAGAACUUUGAUGCCGUUAUCAAGGCCACUGAAUAUGUGGUGGUUGACUUUUACGCACCCUGGUGCAUCCACUGCAAGAACUUGGACCCAGAGUACGUGAAAGCUGCCAAGAUCCUGAAGAAGCAGACUCCUCCUGUGACUCUAGCCAAAGUGGAUGCCACAGAAGAACGGGAGUUGGCCGGCCGAUUUAAUGUCGACAGUUACCCUAUGUUGUACGUCUUUAAGAAAGGGAAACACACUUUCUACGAAGGACCCUUCUCCACGCAAGGUAUUGUGGACUACGUGAUGGAACAGGUGGACCCAGACUACAAGUUGCCACCCGAAGUGACCAUACCCUUGACUGCAGAAAACUUUAGCAGCAUCGUAACACCAGCAGAACUCAUCCUCGUCGAGUUUUAUGCUCCAUGGUGCGUCCAUUGCAAGAGAGUGGGGCCGGAAUUUGAACGUGCCGCUCGGCGUCUCAAGAAGAAAAAUGUUCCUCUGGCCAAAGUAGACGUGGAAAAAGAGAAGGCCUUGGGCGAAGCUCACAAGAUCACCAGUUACCCUACCCUGGUCGUCUUUCGCAAAGGACGAAGGUUUGACUACAAUGGACCAAGAGACGAACUAGGUAUCGUCAAAUACAUGCUGUCCCUGGCAGAUUACCCGACCAAAGAGAUUGCAAACUUAAAUCAGCUGAAACUCUCCAAGGUCUUUCCAGAAACUGUCAUCUUGGCUUUUGUCAGGAAUGAGGAGAGCCAGUACUUCAAGGAAUAUGUGGCUACAGCCAACAAUCUACGAGGCAAACAUAUUUUCGUGCACUCGUUUUCCAAAGACAUGGCGUCCCACUUUAAGGUGGCCUACAAUUCCCUCGUUCUAAUGCAUCCCGAAGUACUGCAAUCGCAGUAUGAACCUAAAUAUUACACACUGAUGAAGCCUGAUGCGACCCAGGUGAACAUGGAAAAGUUUAUCGAAGAGCAUCUACUACCUCUCGUUGGAUUCCGCACGGAGAAGACCAAGUGGAAAUUCGAGAAAUACCCACUUGUAGUUGUCUACUACAGUGUCGACUUCAGUUUCGACCACCGAGAAGAAACUCAGGUAAUUCGCAAGCAGGUGUUAAAAGCGGCGGAAACGUACAAAGGCCGCAUUACUUUCGCCGUGUCCAACGAAGAAGAGUACUCCGAGGAAUUGAAACAUCUCAACCUGGACGACAUCGGCGAAGAAGUAAGCGUGGCCAUGUACCUUUCGGAACGGGAACGUUUCCGUAUGAAGCCUUCGGACAACUUCAACAGUGCACUCUUGAUGCGAUUUGUUGAGCACGUCCUUCAAGGCAAGCACAGACAACAUGUCCGCUCUCAGCUGCCGCCAAAGUCUCAGAGUGGCUCCUUACUGGUUGCUGUGGGCAGUACCUUCGACCAGUUGGUGACUCGGUCCAAGAAGGACGUCCUGGUGCUGUUCGUCGCUCAGUCGUGUGCUUUGUGCAAGGAUAUGGAAGAAGAACUGGAUAAAGUCUCAUGGAGGGUUGAGAUGCAUGCUCCUGGUGCCCUGGACAUGGUCAAGAUCGACGUCACCUAUAAUGACUACCCUGCCAUCUACACGCAGGUGACAGAGUUUCCAGUGCUGUACUUUGUCCCCGUGAAUGACAAGCUGCACCCAAGGCUGUUCACUGGGAUCAAGAAAGCCUUCGGCGUCAUCAAGUUCCUCAAAGAGAACCUCAGUGUUCCGUAUGAGGACGGCGUCAAAUAUCCAGAGUUCACUCGACCACCGGAUGGGUACCACAACGAGCUAUAGAUCUCAGUUGUUUGCUUUUGUUUAUUAAAGGUUAAGUUUGGAAUUA